CGCUACGCGUCGCGUUAAUAAACCUGCCCAAGUAUAAUAUGCAUUCUACCCAGCGUCAACUUCGACCGACAUACGACAACCUAACAACCUGAUAACCUAACACCUUUGACAACAUGUCUACUGAGAACCAUUCCCCAUUGUCAAAACAAAAGAUGGCAUUUACUAAAAAGCCUGCUGUGGCCGUUGCCGCGAAGACCGAACUGCCUAAAGCGCAAAGUACCGAUGUCAAACAAAACAAAGCCGACAAGCUCUCUGCUCCUGCCGUCGAAGCUCAACAAGAGGAAGUCACGCAUGAUACUUUCACCUGCUUCCCAAACCUCCCCGUCGAACUCCGAUACAAGUGGGAGCUCGCUGCUAAUGCCCCGCGCCUUGUACCACUUGUAGAGGUCAUAGUGGCGCAAAGUGAGGAGGAGUCAGACUAUUACUGUGACGAAUUCGAGGUCAAUCAAAAAAGCGGAAAUCCACAGCCUGCGGUCCUUCAGGUUUGCCAGGAGAGCCGGGCCGAGUGCAUGCAGUACUUCGAGCUCGUCUUCGGUUCUCAACAUUACCGCGGAAGCUUCUGGUCGACCGAGCUAGUCAAGCAGAAGCCAGCUGUAUACUUCAACGCCUCUUGCGACAUCUUUCACAUGUCUAGCCGCUUUUGUAGCAAUCUUAAUAUCUUUUCUGGAUGGGGCCCUAGCUCAGACCCGACUUUGGCGCGCAUUUGUUCAUUGAAAGGAUUUGCACUCAAUGUUGAAGACUUCGACGCUGAUAAAUGGCCUCUGGAUUAUGUUCCAUCCAAGAGAUCAUUCUCGUUCUACCCAUCGAAAGUCGAGGAGCUUCAACCACAGGUGAACUAAAGCUUGUCGAGGUCGUCAACGAUCUGGAAACUCAGCGUGCUAAGAAAGCUAUUACCAUGCUAAACAGCCUUCUCCGGACGGUUGAGCUCAGGCUCCUCCAUCUCGCUCAUUUGAGGUAUCUCCACAAAAACCAUCUGCAUGCAAUGCAUGAAUCCUACUACCUUACUUUUUCUGAACUUAAGUCCUUUGUGGCGGAACUCGCACUUCAAGCAGGCAUCCCACUUGAGGAAGUGGAAAAGGAGAUUGCUGAAUAUGCUCUGUAUCAGCGACCAACGUUGAAGGUCAUGGCCUUGUCAAGGGGUUGUAAAGCACCAGUUGGCCAGUCGACCAUAGCGUGAUUGAUGGGGCGUUUGGCAUCUCAGAAACUCUUUUUCUGCAAUGAUGGGGAUAACGUUGAGUCGAUCUACCGCGGUGAUGGGAACUCUGCUCUUUCAUAGCCCAUCGAAU